AUGUCUCUUGAAAUAAACACUCUAAUUAAACUCAUCCCCACGUUCGACACCUCUAAAACACAAGAAGUCUACAGAUUUGUUAGAUCAUGUGAUUCCGCGUUUCAACUAGCGGCAGACGUUGAAAAACAACAAAUACUUCUCGUCUAUGCCCUCAACAAUAUAACAGGAGUGGGUGCUCCAGAUAUACAUUGUAGGCAAUAUGCUUUUUGGGAGGACCUUAAGUCUUACCUCAUAGAAAAAUUUUCAAAUGUCAAAACAAUAUCACACCUAAAUUUAGAACUCCAAUCUAUGUUUCAAAAACAAGGAGAAAGCCUAACAGAUUAUUAUCAUAGGGUAGACCUUUGUAGGAGUAAAAUAAUAGAAAAGUUGAGCACUGAAAUUAAAGAUGGUACCUUACCAGGCCGCAUAGCAAGUACGGAAGAGACCGCCUUAAGCGUCUUCGUAAACGGGUUAUCUAGCGAAAUAGGUACAAUGCUUAGGACGCGUGGUUUCCAGAAUCUUACCGAAGCAGGACGUUUCGCUAUAGAAGAAGACAAGAUUAGGUCAAUGAAUGCCUCAAGGCAACUUUUAUUUAAUCAUAAACCAAGUAAACCAAGCGAUACUAAUCGUAUAAAUUACACCAAACCUAAUAUCACGCAUACACCUCAUAAAAUAUGUAAUUAUUGCAAAAAACCCGGACAUCUCAUUUCGGAAUGUCGAAAAAGAGCUUACAAUAAUAGUAUUCAAAAUAACCAACCUGGGAUAUAUAGAGCACUACCAGCUCCAUCCACACAAAUGCGCACUCCGACACAGCGCGCCUUACCAGCUCCUUUACCAGCAUCCCGUGUGAAUAAUUUAAACUCCGAAGUGACCAGCGAGGCGAGCAGCUCGUUGGAAAUCGCUUCAACCUCCUGCUCAACGAUUCAGACUCCGACACCGAAUCUAAUUCUAGAACACUCCCAAAUUCAAUGCCCAACUAUCUCUAAGGAAAUCAUUGAUGCAUCACCAGUCUAUCGGAGACAGUUCAAAGAUGCGUCUACACAAACUGAAUUUCAAUCAAAAUCGGUAAUUAACGAACAGGGUAACCAGCCCCAAACUCUCAAUACCGAAAUUAUUACUAACUCUACAAAAUCUACUAAUUCCAUUAAACCUACUAUCUCUACUAAAUCUUCUAAAUCUCUUAAAUCGAAACCAAAAUUUAACUCAAAAUCUAAACCUAAAUCCAACUCUAAACCUCAAAAUCCUAUUUCCUCGAAUCCAAAGCCUAUUCAAUCCUACUCAAUAUCGCCCCUAAACGACGUCCCUCCUGAAAAAUUACUACACUGCACCUUUCAAAUCAAAGGUGAGCCUGUCACCCUUCUCAUCGAUACUGGUGCAGGAAUUUCAGUAAUUAGACGGGAUAAAAUAGGUACGACUCCAUUAGACACUGCAGACGUAGUAUCGAUCAUAGGCAUUUCUAGUACGCAAUCAUCAACCAGUAGUUUUGGUUCCGCUGCAAUCACCUUAGAUAACUUUUCCCCGUUCAAAUUCCAUGUUGCUGACCUCAAUAUUAAAGCAGAUGUUCAGAUAAACAAUUCCUUGCUAGUCGAUCAGAAACCA